AUGGCUACAGUGGAUGGAAUAAAGUUGCAUAUCGGAAGCUGGCUAGUCCUAACGUCCCCAAGUCACACCGAACAAGCAAUCUACAUUGGCACCACCUGCCUGAACUGCCGUUCCCCACCUGCAUUACCAUGCAUCAACCACACAUGCAUCGCAAACCCCGAAACGAUCUGCCUGAACUCAAACCGCACAUACGACAUAAUCACCCAUGCAGUCGUAAUCGCAAACGCUAUAACGCAUGUCCGGUGUCCUCCAAAAUCGAGUGGACCGGCUGUGAGGGUUGAAUCGCUGGCGAGUGUGUUGGGACAGUAUGGUGUUAAGGUGCAAAAGUACCCAAAGAAGACAUAUGUUGUGUCUGAUGAUGGGAUUAGAGCGAAUGCGCUGAGUAGGCUCGACAUGGGGAGGCUUCUUGGACUACCGUGUCCUUGGAUGGACGCCGACGCUGCUGGCAAGGCAUGGGUCAUGUGGUGCUUGACUGGGUGGUGUGUGAAUGGGACGAGUUUUAAAGUUAGGAGACCUGUGCCUGGUGAUGUCAUUUAUAAAAGGUUUAGUGGAGUUUGGGGGGAGAAGAUUGAUAAUGAUCAGAUGCAACAGUUGAAGAAGAUUGGAUUUGCAUUACGACACUGGUGCAUAUACGUUGGAACAUGCUGCGUAUUCUGUGCCCUAUUCCCAAUCUCCAGUGAACCAAACUCACACAAACCAUGGUUUCCAAUCCAUACACAGCACCUCCUCGUCUGCCCGCACUGCAAACACCCUCUGCAACCAAACAUGGUGCUAGACCGUCUCAACGAAUGGACGAAUUUCCCCGACGCCGUCGAACCUGAUCCGAAACGGAAAUUCUGUGUUCGUCUAACGACGUUGGAUUCUUUUCUUAUUGCUGAUCAGUACGUGUAUCUUGAUAACCGGAUUUGUGGGAAGGAUAACGCGGGCAGAGGAACGAUCAGGGCCAUCAAGAGUAUGGGGACCAAGUGGAGGAGAAAAUGGAGGCCUGAUUCUGUUCCUGAUGGAGUGGAUUGGACGUUGAGAAGAGCAUUUGGGGAGUUGUGGAGGUUGAAGUUUCCUGAAGGAGAGGGGUAUAAUAUGAUUAGGAAUUCUUGUGAAAGCUCCAAGGUCAUGGCAAUAACCGGUGCAGCUAUAGGCAUAACCAUUGGGAUCGCAUGGCGGCAUCACAACUACACUCACGACAUAAUGCCACGUGCAACGAUAUCAGACAUCAUCUUGCCGGUUCUCAGCGCGCUUACAUUCGCUGCUAUAUGUGGCUGUAUGGCACACUACCUCGCAAACAAGUAUCUAGAAAGCGAGGAGUCGCUGCCUGUGCCUGAUCCUACUGAGGACGCUGGAUCGGCAAAGGAGAGGAUACGGAGUGAUAGGGCGUUGUUGGAGAGGUUUUUUGAUGAUUAUGGGUUGAGGUAA